AUGGCCACUAAUCCUUGCAAAAUCUGUGGCAGCACGGAUCUGAAUCUAGUUGACGGGUUUUAUUACUGUGUUGAAUGCGGCACUCAGGAUGUCAAUGCAAGGGAAACCGUUGUUGAACAAACUUUAUUGGCUGAUGGAACUUUUGCUCACACUACCAUUAAAAAAUACAAAACCGUCCUUGAGGAUUCCAUUGAGAUGAGUGGAGAGUGGCAUAAAUGGCAUGCAUAUAACUUCAUCCUGUCUGGUUUAACCGAUGAGCUUAUAGCUCUCGGGGCAGCUCCCAGUGUUAAAACAGUUGUUAUGUGGAUCUGGGUGCGAUAUAUUAAGAAAUUCCAAGUUAAAGAGGAUAAGGAGAACAACAACAAUUUAGAUGAUGAUAGUAUAAGCGAAUCAAAGAAACAUUGUGAUAAUUCAAGUAUAAUUUCAAACGAUCUCAGCACGGACACAUUUAAGAAAGAUACAGAAAAAUUUAAACGUUACAUAAAUAUUGUUACUAAAGGGACAUUACUGACAAUAUUAUAUGUAGCAUUGAAUUUGGAUAGAAGUGACAUACAAUUGUCGCAUAUAUUUCGUUAUAUAAGAGAAGGAAGGCUCAGUUUGUAUAGCUGUAUUAAAUAUGUGCCUAAGGAGUUAAACACAAAAUCAAUUCCACAUUGGAUGAGCUUUGUCCGAUGUCAAAACGAAUACACACCGAAAGUAAUACGAGCAAUGGCGAUGACGUUCUUCAAAUGCCUAAAUCUAGGAGUUCCUCUUGUACCCGAUUUGAAUAAAAUCAUAACUAAUUAUAUCAAGGAAUUAUGCUUACCGAAAGAUUUUAAGCAAUUAGUGCUAUCACUUAUGCAUUUAAUACCAUGCGAUCAUUUGGUUUUAAAAAGCUGUACCGGGAAAAAGAUUGUGCGUGUGCCAGAUUAUGAAGGUGCAUGCAUGGCAUAUGUUCUGGUCGCUUUGAAGUUAUGCUUCGGUUGUGAUGAUGAUUAUGAAGUGAAGUUAUCCGAUGAAGUUGAUAGAAUCAAUUGUGAGGAAAACCAUUUAAAGUCAUAUAAACUAGGAAUGUAUUCGGAUCCAAGUGAACGGCUCUUAUCAUUUCGUGAAUGGUGCACGUAUUUACAGUUUAGGAAAACAAUACUAUGCAAAUAUUAUCUACCGUUAGCGCGACAGAUGCAUAUGCCGAUAGAUGAUGCUGUUUUAAUGGACCAUUUGGAGAAGAGGAUGAAAAGAAAACCUAAAUUACGUGAUGAAGUUACUAUGGACAUUUUAAACAAGAUAAUGCUGAAUGACGACAAAGUCGCAAUACCCAAGACUGAGUUUCCAGCGAAUUUGACACCUAUGACGUCCUACACAGAUGUCAUAAUAGAAUACAUACAAGAUCCGGACUUCAAAUUACUUCUGUGUGAAGAUUUUUCUCAAUAUUCUCUCAAAUAUGCGAUAAUUGACUUAAAAUUACCAACUAAUGACUUGACUAAAAUGAGAGGCGUCAGUAAGAAUGGUAAAGUUAUAAAUCCAUACAUCGUUGGAACGUUGCAAGCAAAGAAAGGUGAUAACACUAUGGUGUUUAUAAGAAAUUGUGAAAAUAAGAAUUGGUUGAAAACUAAACCCCCCAGUAUAGAACAUGUUAUGAAACUAACUAACAAAAGCUCGGAGGACAGUGAUAGCUGUGACUCAGUUAUAGAUAUAACAGAAACAGAAAUAGACUUAGAUGGACCAAUGAACGAAAAACCGGAAAAGGAAAUAGAAUUUGAAACCAUCGAUAUAGAAGAAUGGGACAAAUCAAUAUUCGACGAUGAUUUCCUUGACUUAGAAGAAAAAGAUAAUAAAAAUGACACCAAAUCAGAAAGCGAUGAAAAUAUAUUCGAAUUCAUUAAUAAUGACCAUGACAUUGGUGACAGAGAAAUUCAAGAUAGUAAAAUAGAUUUACAAGAUAGUGUUAAUGCAGAAGACGCAUACGAAUCAUUAGACGAUUAUAACCCAGAGACAUUCGAUAGAAACAAAGCUAUUAAGGAACUGAUUGACAUGGCGUGCAAGAAAUAUAAGAUCCCAAAGCCAAGAGAAAAACAAACACAACCUAGGACACAGAAGAGGAAAAAUAAUUUGAUAAAUGAUGAAACAGGAGUCAGCGAACCGAAAAGAGUGAGAAUCAUCGACAAACAAGCACGUAUAGAAGCUAGAACAGCUACUAAAGAAUUACUAGCAGCUUACUACAAGAAUAUAGAAGAAGAUAUACUACAACAAGUGUCUGAACACGUAAAAACAGUCAUACAAAACACUGACAUAGUAAAUGAAGCUAUUAAUGAAGCUAAUUAUGAACCUCUAGAAGAACAAACUGAUGAAAAUGUAGAAGAAAAUAGUAUUGAGAAAGAUUGCAAUGAAUCUAUGAUAAGCAGUAUACAUCCCAAUAUUACUACAGUUGAUACUUUAAACGACGAAGAUUGUGUUUACGACGAAAUCGAUCCCAACUUCGACGAGAAAACACACGACAUAAAACAAUUGUACGUGAAAUUUAAUAAACAAGAUAUAAAUGUAUCUGAUCAUUUAUUGGAUAUAGAAAACGAUAUUGACAUCGAGAAAAUUAUUGAAAAGAAAAUUGACGAAUUUCAAAACUGUAACACAAUAAAUGAUAAUAUUGAAGAUAUAGAUACUAAUAACGAAAAACAAGUUGAAAAACAAACGAAUGAAUUGAUUAUUACCGAAAAGAAAAUAUAUACGGAUCCGCUUAUUGAAAGAGACAUAAGAAAAUUCCGUUACUGGCUGCGUCAUUACAAAACAAUAACUUUCGCUCGCUGUCUGGAUAUGAAUUACAAAUUCGAUUUAGAAUUAUUGGAGAACUGUCCAAAGAGUUUCAUAUUUGUCAUCAAAGAAUGCGCCGCCAUUUUGGAUUGCACAACAUUCUGUCUAUACAAAUGUAUGCAGAAUCUAGAAGUUUCCUUAAUGGCUUUAAAUAAAUAG